CAGUCACUUCGUACCUGAGACUCGCCGCAGCAGCACGCGCUGUCGGGAGGAGCCGCGCGCCGUUUUAAAAUGUCAACUUUGUGUUAAAACUUCACAAACUGAUCAAAAACUGUGAGCAGCUUCCGGUUUGAAACGUUUCACAUUUAAACUUUAUUUCCAUUUUAUUUCGGGACUCUUUUUGUUUUUCGGAGCAGAUCUGAGGUCAGAUCUGAGCACGGUUUUACUGGCGAUCUUCUCUUUCACCUGAACCUGAAGGCUCCGGAUCAGAGCCAUCAGCAGGACUGACCAGGACCGGGAUCAGGACCAGGACCAGGACCAGGAUCAGGACCAGGAGCAGGAGCAGGACCAGGAGCAGGACCAGGAUCAGGACCAGGAUCAGGGCGAAGAUCAGGAACAGGAGGAUGUCCCGGGCUGAGGAGCGCGAGGAGGCAGACUGCGUGUGUUCGGUCGGGAUGAAGUUCACGUGGGACAUCAACGACCCCAAACUGCCGCAGGACACCAAGCAGUUUGACCCGUUCCAGGAGUGGACAGACGGUUACGUUCGCUUCAUCUACAGCGCUGAAGAUAAGAACGCUCAGAGACAUCUUUCCGGCUGGGCGAUGAGAAACACCAACAACCACAACUGUCAGAUCCUGAAGAAGUCCUGUCUCGGCGUGGUGGUCUGUUCUCGAGGCUGCACGCUGCCCGACGGCUCCAGACUGCAGCUCCGUCCUGCCAUCUGUGACAAGGCCCGGCAGAAACAGCAGAAAAAGCUGUGCCCGAGCUGUAAUGCCACACUAGAGUUGCUGCCGUGUCGCGGUCACAGCGGUUACCCCGUCACCAACUUCUGGAGAGUCGACGGAAAGGCCAUCUUCUUCCAGGCUAAGGGCGUUCAUGAUCAUCCAAGACCAGAGUCCAAGUCCGAGACUGAAGCCAGAAGAAGUUCAGUGAAGAGACGAGUCAGCUCACCGCCGUUCACACCCAAGAGACGACUCAUUGAAACACAGGCUCUGGGUCCCGCCCUCCUCUCCUGCGUCGAUCCAUCAGACAGGAUCUCCUUCAUCGAGCCGAAUUUCCCACAGCAUUACCCAGCGUUCCAGAGCCCAGAGCCCUACUACAACCCCCAUAAUGCACUAGGGGACGCCCCGGCUGCACUUCAAAAACCAGCCAAUCCCAGACUGUACAUGGGCAGGCCCGGCUAUGAUUUCCAAGGAUACCUGACCUCUCCUUCAUAUCCCAUGACCUCUGACCUCUGUGACCCCAGGGUGGCCCCGGUCCUGGGUUCCUCCUCUUCCUCCACUUCAUCGUCAGCUCCUCUUUCCUCCUCCUCCUCCUCCUUCGACCCACAGACAAAGCCUCCUGCAGGCUGGAAGGACCUACUGAAGAACUCUGCCCCCUACAGUGACAACCACCACUACUACAGCGCAGAGUACCCCUGUCGCUACCCCAGCAAUGCCCCGGGGUCCCCUGCAGCACUUCAAACUAUCAUCACCACGACAACCAAGGUCUCCUAUCAGCCCUGUCCAAAGCCUCCUGCUGCGCUCCCUUCCUACCAGUCGUGUCCUAAACCUCCUGCUGGUCUCCCGUCCUACCAGCCCUGCGCUCCCCCCAAACCUCCAGGCCUCCCCGGCUGCUCCUCCCUGAUGGAUGACACCUCCUCCCCCUCAUACUCCACCGAGGUGAAGGUGAUGGAGGAGUCAGGCGGAGUCAUCAAGUCUCUGUCGUUUCAGCCCGAGCCUCUGCAGACCAAAACAGAGCGCGCUGAUGGCUACGACUACCGCUACGCCUACCCCAACACAUACCGCUACGAUGACUACUGACGCAGCACUAUCCUCACCGCCAUUACCAUGACUACUGUUACCAUGACUACUGCUACGCAUACCACAACACAUACCGCUACGAUGACUACUGACACAGUAUUACUUCCACUGCUGUUACCAACAGUUACUACUGCCAAAACUACUGAAUGAUGUAUUGAUCUACUUCUGCAACUGGAUGGUUCGGGUGCUGAGAGGAUUUGGAUUAUCAGGACUGAACUCAAAGUGAACCGAAGCUUUGGUACUUGAGAAACUUCCUGCAGACAUUCAUGUAGUACUACGUUGUUCCCAAGGGAAACUCACUGCUGCCAUUUUCCUCUCGCAACCCUUUCGGGACACAAAGCGAAGACUUUGUACACAAGACUGGAAUGAAAGUCUAACUAGGAUCUCAAAUCCAGGAUUCUGAAUUCUCAAAAUCCCGAAGAGGAGGCCCAGCUUGGUGUUUCUGCUGCUUUCAGCCACGCCUCAUGGCCUUCCUCGGCGAUGAGAGUUGCAGUUGUUGUGUGAAGUUUUGGUACAGGUGGUUUUAUUUGGGGUAGAGAUGGUCUCCGUGUGUCACUUCCUUUUGGGACCCCGGGGGGAGGUGUGUUGUAACUGAGCAACCCCAUCCACUGAGGAAAGCUAUGAGGUGAUGCUGAAAGCUUCAACGACGCCAAGUAAAUGAAUGAACUGUUUCCAAAGUCAAGUAUGACCUUUGAAGCUCGGGAUUCUCUUAUUUUGAGAAAAUGUUAAACCAGCUCAGACCUCAGACAGAACCAGGUCUUUAUUUCUGAUGUUCUCUGUUUUAUAUUUGAACAUGUUUCAGUAAGACGUCUCCGUGUGUUGAUGUUGAAAAUAUGAAAUAUUAGAUCAUCUUUUAAUGUCACUGCAUUCAGAAAGUAUAUUGAACCUGUGGGAUUAAUCAUCAUCAUCAUUCAGGUUAUUUAUUGAUCAGUCAGAAUGAAACUGAGCUGGACUUUGCUGGACUGUCGGAGUAAAACAGUUCUGGACUGAAAAGAUCUGUGAGGUGAAAAGAAAAGAAGUCUCACAUUAAACAAACUGUUGUACAGACUCUUGUUUCCUCUUUAAUGUUCAGCAGAGUUCACAGAUAAUAAUGCAGAAUCUAGAAAUCACCAACGAGUUCAAGAAAAGAUGAAGGAAACAGAAAUGAAACAGUUAUACACUUAAAAAAUUAAAAAUGAUGUUUGGAGAGCUCCAGUUGGUGAGAUAACGUACAGUCUGUGGUCCUUGUUCUCUCCUAGUCAACACUGGAAAAUGCUGAUUUUCAAUUUAAAAGUAUAUUUCAAGUAAAAAGAGUAGACAUCUUUAAUUCUUCAGUAUGUGAGGAAACAUUAAAUGUGUCUCUCACUGAGGUUUCCCUCGUAGCAGUUUGAUAAAAACAGGCUUCCAUCCCAUCACAGACGAAUAUUUAACCACAGUUAACAUGAGCACAUUUUGUAAAAAGACGUUUCAAAGACAGGAAUCGAAUGAAUGAACACCUGAACGACUCUGUAUCUUCUACACAAUCCUCUUCAUUAUGUUUUGCAUGUUUUAUCACCCCUUUAACCAGGCAUGUCAAACUCAU